GGGAACUCCUGUUGAUUCUUCUUCCGAGACUUCCGUCGGCAUAAGUUCGCCCUCGACGUCCCGCAGUCGUCCUUCUGCUUCUUUGCCGCUUCUUUCUGCGCCUAAGUCCACACGCUUCAAACGCGAAGAGGAUAUGAACUUGGUCGCUUAUCUCUCCGAAAACACAUCUUCGUCCCCCAGGAUAGGUCUUGAUGAGCGGAACUCAUUCAAAUUAUACUCCAAUCUUACUCGAUCGAAUGCACGCUCUUGGGCGGCCUCCCGAUCUGCAAACUCAUGGUUUAUCCGUUAUACAUCGAACAUGGCGUACUUCGAGACCCUUAUCGAACAAUAUCGAUCACGAAACAGUACCACUCCCUGUGUUACGCUAGGGAAGAGGAAACGCGAUCCUCGUGUCUUGCCUUCUUCGUCCACAUCUGCAUCCUCACUCUUUGAAGACAACAGUUUCAUCGGAAAGGAAGAUAAUCGACAACGAAUCUCACACAGGCCGAGAAAAAGACUGUGUGGUAGCGGCUCUUUUCGGGCGCUCGACGGUGAUGCUGUCGAUAGGGCAGGAAAUGAAUACAAUAGGGAUGAAGAUCAUAAUAAAGCAUAUAGAAGGAGUAAAAGACUACCUGCCGCUCCUUCAUCUCGAAGUCACGGCAGUGAUAAUUCGGGCGAGGAAUCAGACAAUGAAGAAGACACAUCUACUCCCAUUGAAGAAACUGGAUCACUUGGCAGAGCAGGUUUUUUCCAACGGGAAGGUGCACACACUCUAUCCAGUCUUACGAUGCGAUUUACCAGGCGACAUCUGCGAAAUUCAAGGGCGCAGGAUAAUGUCCAGGACGAGGAUGACGACCUUAUAGAAGUAGACUCAUACUUGCGAGGAUGCAGUGUCGGUAGUGUGGAGUCAAACAUGCAGAGUGCAACGGACCCGCCAAAUUCGCACUCAGAUAAAUCUUCGGGUGCAAGAGUCCGAUUUGCAUCCCCUUGUGUUUCAGCAAAAUAUACUUCCACUACCAUCGCUACUCUUUCUCCGUCUCUUACUGAACCACAGGAAUUUUCGGCAACACCGAUUUACGUUUGGCGCCGAGUGAAAAUUCUUCCUAGAAUUCAGACUGUGACCAGCACAGACCGUCCUGAUACUAUGGCGUUGAAUUCUCCGUAUGACUCGGAUGACUGUGUGUCGGCGAAUGCCGAUGCGAACAAUGGCUUAGCCUCAGUAAUGCCUGCACACUCGUCGAGACGUCUGCGUUCGAACUCAUUAGUCCGGACCCGCAAUGUCACCAAAGAUUCGGCGACGGAUCCGAGACAUCCAAAGACAAAAUGUAGACUCUGCUAUGAAGCUAGGAGGAUGAGGUCACUAGCUCAACAAGAGUGCAGCUUUUUGGCAUCACAAAACAACGCCCAAAUAAAUUCGUUCGUGCUCUAUAUGAUGUGUGUAUACAAUCACCGAGGCAUUCUGCAUGCAUGUUCCUUUCCAUUCAUUCAUUCUUGUCUUGUUCCUGGUGGCUGUUGGGUGCUUAUUCUUUAGACGAGCUCAAACCAGCCUCAAACAAUCCGCACCGAGUCCGCACACCAUAUGUAUAUCCGCUUGGAGAUUACUUUACUCCGGUUCAAAGAAUUCAUUCAAUCGAACGUACUUGGUACAAACCAAACCGGAUGCUUAGCCUACUACUUCGUUAUCUUGCACACCAUUUUCCAGAGACUUUAAUAGGCUUGGAUCUGCUUAGAUCUCAAUAACAGUCUAGAUACAAUAGGAUACAACCUCUCGCUUCGGGCCCGCCUGCUGUCACUUCCUGCUUCUUGCUAGUUGCUACUCUCAAAUAUUCGGAUCCAUCACCGAAUCGGAUCACACGAACCUUUUUACCUGUUUACAGCUGUUCGAACUUCGCUACAGUUUAAAA